AUUGUGGGAGCUUUUUUUUUGUAGAUUGUGAAUUUUGGGAGCUGGGUUUGGAUGUGGAAAUAGUAGUUGAACGUGCUCUAAAAUUUUGAUUCUAUGGGUAGAUUUUGCUGUUUUAAUUCUUCCUACUCCAAGGUCAAACAUGUUUCCUCGUACCACUUUCUAUUAUUAUUAUUAUUAUUCUCUCGUUCUUUUUCUAAUUUAUUAGUAUGUUCUGUUUUAUCAAUGCUUGCUUAACUAAUAGUUUGAUGAAAAACGGUGUUUAAUUGAUUGGUGGGCUAAUUUUGUGAUUUUGUGUGUGUGUGUGUGUGUGUGUUGGGGGGUGGGGGGUGUAUGUUGCUGAAUUUAUCAGGGAUUCGGAAACCUCUGGUUGGCUACAAAUCCCAUUGCUGGAUCUAAUUGAGAGGAAAUUAUCACCUCUUUUGCUUGUCUAGGCAAUUUGAUCAUUCAUAUGUUGUGUAAUUGUGUGUAUGUUGCUGAAUUUAUCAGGGAUUCGGAAACCUCUGGUUGGCUACAAAUCCCAUUGCUGGAUUUAAUUGAGGGGAAAUUAUCACCUCUUUUGCUUGUCCAGGGAAUUUGAUCAUUCAUAUGUUGUGUAAGGCGUUGGAUGGGAAAGGAGUUGGGUGAACCUUUGUUUAUUAUUAUGAUGAUUGAAUGACUUUCAGCUUUUUGAUGUUCAGAGGUCGAAGUAGCUGUGUUAUAAUCAUUAUAUUAAUUUAAGAGAAUCCCUUAGUUAAUUUAGGUGAACCUACAGAAUGUUUCCAGCCAGCAAAUUCCAUUAGAUAAUAGUGAGUGUAAACAAUCUAUAGGAGUGGUGUCCACAAUCUUAUAUUUUUCUUUUAUUUUUUUCUGCCCAAACUUUCUCCAGUCUUCCCAGAAUAGUAGCAGCAAAGUCCGGCCUUGAAGAAACAUAGAGACUUGUGGGAGGACGCUCGUCGUCUGCCGGUAAGGGAAGAAACCAUGAAGGUUUAAUCAAGUUUGGUUUCAACUUAGUAAAAGGAAAAGCUAAUCACUCUAUGGAGGAUUAUCAUGUUGCAAGGUUCAUGCAGAGUCAAGCUUUCCUACAGAGGAAUCUGUUUUCUAAUAUCCUAAAGGAGGAAGAGUUUUGGGCUGACCCCCGUAGAUCUAUCUCUAAAGCCUAUGAGAAGACAGACCAAGCAAUUCUUUCACAGAGUUCUGUCUUGAGGCGGGGUGGAUCCACUGCUGUAACUGCAAUUUUGAUAAAUGGUCAAAGGUUAUGGGUAGCCAAUGUUGGAGAUUCUCGAGCUGUUCUAUCAAGUGGAGGCCAGGCAGCACAGAUGACUACAGACCAUGAGCCCAACACUGAACGAGGCAUCAUUGAGAAUAAGGGUGGCUUUGUUUCAAACAUGCCAGGAGAUGUCCCAAGAGUUAAUGGGCAGCUGGCAGUUUCUCGUGCCUUUGGAGACAAGAGCCUCAAAUCACAUUUGCGAUCAGAUCCCGACAUACAAGACAUCACUAUAGACGUCUGUACUGACAUUCUAAUCCUUGCAAGUGAUGGUCUUUGGAAGGUGAUGAGUAAUCAAGGGGCUGUUGAUAUUGCAAGAAAGAUCAGAGACCCCCGGAAGGCAGCCAAAAAAUUAACAGCUGAAGCAUUGAAAAGAGACAGUAAAGAUGACAUAUCUUGUGUCGUCAUUAGAUUUAGGUGAUAAAAUCUUUGAAACCGUACUCCUGCCAAAUGCAGUAUAUACCCGAAAUAAAAGUUUCUUGACAGAGGAUGCCAAAUUGUGAGUAGACAAACCCUGAAAAAAAACCCACAACCAGUAUGGUUUAAUCCGUAGAUAUCUGCAGAGAUGGAAUCUGCUAGAGGAAUGAGUUAAAAAAAAAAGGGUUCCCAUCUGUAUAUUCAUUUAUUGAUUAGGUUUGGAGUUUGAUAUUGUUUGAUUUAUUCGUUAUGGUGAAUUAGGAAUCUGAUGUAUAUUAUCUUUCGGUUUGCACAAAAAACACCAGAGUCUUUAAGUAGAUGGAAGAAAGUGGUUUUGAUUGUCAUUGGAGCAAAACUUUUGAUAGUGUAGUUCAUUUCAGCUCAAAUCCCAUUAAGGGAUGGGCUGCUUUCUUUUGUU